AUGGCUGUUGCAAGAGAAACAGAGAUGGCCCAAAACAAGAUUCUCUAUUCUGCAAAGCUCGGCGGGAACAUGCGAAGAUCAGCCUACUUCGAGACAAACAAGAGAACCGUCAAAUCAAACAUCAUGCUGAAGUUUGUGACAAAGGCAAUGGAUAUCAAGCUUCAAGGUGAAGCCAAUUUCACGACUACUCUUGAAGAUCCGAUCGAACUCUUGAAACGUAUUGAACGAUUCAUGAAGAAGAGUGCUGAUGCUGAGUAUGAUUUCUUGGAUUUCUGGGAAGCGAUUCAAAAGUUAUUUGCUAUGAAGCAAGGAACAACAGAAAACUUGAUGCAUUUCAAGCAACAAUUCUUGAGACAGGCUGAAGUCCUGCAAGAUCUAUAUGGCGUGGCCUGGUUCCGAGAUUUUGCAGUCAAGACGAAAGCGUAUGCUGCUAUUGCUAGCACCAAUACUGCUGCUCAAAACAAGUUCAAGGAUGAUAUCUUUGAAGCCGUUCUUGCAACAGGAUUUCUGUGCAACUGGGAUCAAACAAGAACAGCUCCUCUGAUGCUGGAUCUUCAGACGAACUAUUGCAGAGAAGUGGAUUAUUAUCCAAAGACGGUCAGCAAAGCACAAGAUAUGUUGAAAAUUCACAUGGAAGUGAGUAAAAAUCCGGGAGUGAACCUCUACCAAGGAAAAGACCAACCUAAUAAAGGUAAAGGAAAAGGGAAGGGGAAACCGAAGGAUGGAAAGAAGGCAGCAUGUUAUGUAUGUGGCAACAAAGACCAUAUGUCUCCAAAAUGCCCAGACAGACUGCUACCAAAGACCCAAUGGAAGAAUCAGGAUCAAUAUGUUGACUAUGGGAAGAAGCUCAAUCUUAAUCAGAUUGGAGCAACUGUCCCAGCUACUGUUCCAGCUAUAGUUCCUGGAGCUUCAGCGUCCACAAGUGGAGCAUCAAGUGUUGCGGGAAGCGUUAACACACCUUUGCAACUUGCUGGUACUACAGGUAAUCAAAUGAUGCAAGUUCCUUCUGGAAUGCAGCUCAUGCAGAUUCCAACUCAAGGUGGCGGCACUGUUACUGUCCCUUAUUCUAUGAAUGCUAACG